AUGGCGCGUGUGGGAGAGGGAGACCCGCGGUGGAUUGUGAACGAGCGGAAGGAUGGUCAGAACGUCAACGCGUGGCAUUGGGAAGAGCGUGAUCUCUCCAAUGAGUGCCAUGAGGAGCUGAAGCGGCGGCUGAAGAACUUCGCUCUGUGUAGCGAGGACGGCGUGGAGCUAUGUGCAACGGAGGUGAGCGAAAUCAGUGGCGACGUCACGGUGGCGCAGCGCAAGGGCAAGAUGAUGUGCUACUUCGAGCUCAAGCUUACGAUCAAGUGGGCGGGUGGUGGUGACGUUACCGGGCGUCUCACGCUGCCGGAGGUCGAUCACGACAACUUCCGAGGUGAGUAUGACAUUGUCGUCAGCACCACCGACGGCGACGCGGCGUCGCAGAAGGCGGACGCGUUGAUGCGCUCGAAGGGGCGCGCCGCUGUUCGUGCCGUCAUCGCGGACUACUUCAACCAGCUCUUCGAGACGUAUCAAAUCGGUAAAAACUUGAAGAAUGCCUCGUCGUUGCCACCACCGCCUCCGCCGCCGGCAUCCACAGAGAAACAGGCGGCAUCUACUGGCGGGAGCGCCAAGGGCGGCUCUGCAGCAGCACAAUCGCCAGACAGCAUGGCCACUAAUUUCUCGUGGCAUAUGCGCUGGCGCGUGCCUGCUGAGGAACUUUUCAUGGUGCUUAUGAACGAGCAGCGUGCCUCCGUGUACACACGGUGUCCGGCAAAGAUUGAUCCACGCUCUGGUGGCACGUUUGAGUUUCUUAAUGGCGUCAUCACGGGCUACUUCGUUGAGGUGGUGCCAAACGAGAAGGUGAAGAUGCAGUGGCGGCUCCAAGGCUGGCCGAGCGGCGUUCACAGCUCUGUCGUGAUGGCGUUGAAGAAGGAGGAGCCCGGUGUGUCACUGCUCGAGUUUGCGCAAGUUGGUAUUCCAGAGGGUGAGCUGCUAAGCGUGCAGGAAGGAUGGAAGGCUAACUUCUUCGAUGCCAUUAAAAUGGUUUUCGGCUUCUCGAUGGAGUACAUUUGA